AUGGUGAGUGUAUUGUUCGUGUGUCUUGGCAACAUUUGCCGAAGCCCAGCAGGUGAAGCGGUGUUCAAGGAUAUUGUAGCCAAGAAGACGGGGACAAAGGCGGCCUCAUUUUUCAUUGAUUCAUGUGGUACUGGAGGUGGCAGUGCCAAUUGGUACAGCGUCAAUGGUUGGUCGUAUCAUGAAGGCGACAGGGCAGACUCGCGCAUGACCAAGGAGGCCACCAAACGUGGCUACAAUAUGACGUCACGCUCGCGGCCGCUCAAGCAGCAGGACAUUGAUACAUUUGAUUAUAUCAUAUGUAUGGAUGAGAAAAACAAGGAUGCAGUGCUGGAGGCCGCAGAUGCCUGGGGUGGUGUCUCAUGUCGCAGUCUCGCGACUCGUAAGAUCUCCAUGAUGACCGACUAUUGCUCGACGUUUGAGAACGAGACACGCGUCCCAGAUCCGUGGUAUGAAGGCGGCUUUGAUCAUGUGCUGGAUCUGCUAGAAGAUGCUUGUAAUGGACUUUAUAACCACAUUGUGGCGAGCAAGAUGGUCUAA